GCAUCAAGCCCAAAGAAAAAGUGGAUAUAGAAAUUGCCACUUUGGUUGAAGAUGCCCAACAUCAGGCAGAUGAGGAAGAGGAAGACCAAAAAAUGGACCCAAGAGGCAAUGGACCAGGCCAAGCAGGAGGUGGAAGCAGGCAGGCUCUCUCUACGGCAGGCAGCCAUGAGGUUUGGGGUCCCUAAGUCAAGCCUGAGUGACCCAGUCAGCGGAAGAGUGGCCUCCGAUUUUUCCAUCUGUUGGAGGUCACUCCUCACCCAUGCAGACGAAGACUCCCUGGUGGAGUACUGUCUGUACUCUGCUCUGCAUGGGUUUCCGCUCCUGGCCGAAAUAAACUACAACAAAAGCACUGGCAAGGUCAGGAGGAAUGUCACCAAGGCCAGGAUACUGACAGCCCAGGAGAUGUCCGACACCAUCGAGGAGGUGGAGGACCGUGCUGCAAGGCAGGAGGCCCAAGCUCUGGCCAGAAGAGACCGAGAGCAGCAGCGGGCCAGAGACACCAGCCCGGCAGCCACUUCCUCUACCCUGCCUAGCGGCUCCCGCCCCAGCCACAGAAAACUUGGCCCCUCGGGGCUGCGCCAGCAACCAGCUCCGGCAUUUCCAUCGCCGGUCCCUCAGCACCCUCUGCCCCCUCUUGUGCCUCCCACGAUCCCCAGCUGCCUGCCACCAGCGGCAGACCAUCCGGGACAAGCCUGCCUGCAGAGGGACACCACCAUCCUCCAUCUCCUGAGCCUUCCACAUCGGGCGCAGGAUUGGGCCGCCGAGGGUCCACUUCUUCCUCUCCCUCCCACUCAGAAAGAACCAGCUCCUCCUCCUCCCUGUCUGUUGGGCCCACGACAUCCACCGGUCACACCGCUGCAAAGAGGAGACUGGAGCCGACAGUCUGGUGGCCGGUGCAGGGAACCCGAACCUCCAGAGGCUCCAGAGGGAUUGGUGUCGUGGUUUCACACCACUUGUGUCAGCUGGGAGGAGGAUGAGCUGAGCAACAAUGAAUUUUGGUGUUUUUGGUGCUCAGAUGUUUAA